GGACUCGAGGGUAAAAUACUCAUGCCUUCCCCACAGAGCUUAUUAACAACUCGAUUCUCCGGACGCCUCGUGGCUUGUACCAUCACACCAUGUCUGGAUCAUUAUCUGAAAACUCGCGAGGCCGUGAGGCCGUAAUCAUCUCCUCCGUCUUCACUGGUCUCGCCUUCCUCAUCGUCAUCCUCCGACUGUAUACGCGGCUCUACAUUCUCCGGUGUGCAGGAGCCGAAGACUUGGGCAUUUCUCUGGCAAUGCUCUGCUCAAUAGGGCUUACCAUCUGCAUCGGUAUCCAAGCAGAGUAUGGAAUGGGAAAGCACUUUCGCGAUGUUUCACAACGUGACAUGGGAAUCUUUUUGAGGGCCUUCUGGUCCAGUUUAAUGGUUUACUACCUGUCUCUCGGAUUGACCAAAGGAUCCAUGUUGCUUCAAUACCGGCGAAUUUUCCCAACAAAAGCCUUCCAAAUAGCGAACUGGAUCACCAUGGCUGUCGUCAUCUGUUACACCAUCUGGACCGUCUUCUCCAGUAUCUUUGCCUGCAUACCUGUCAGGGCAUUCUGGACCAAGGAGAAGGCUACGUGCAUAAACCAGUUUGCCAUGUGGUUCACCAAUGCCGGAAUCAACAUCAUGACCGAUUUUGCCAUUAUUCUUUUGCCAAUACCUGUCAUUCGCGGUCUAAACUUGGGAAAGAGGCAAAAGAUUGGACUCAUUUCCAUCUUUGCAGUUGGUGGUUUUGUGUGCAUUGUAUCAAUCCUACGCUUGCAAUCUCUUGUUGCGAUUUCGAACUCUUCAGAUCAAACCUACGAUAAUCCACCUGCGGCCACCUGGAGUUCGGUAGAAACUAAUGUUGGAAUCAUUUGCGCCUGCCUGCCACUGCUGAGGCCCCUACUUGCGAAGUACUUUCCCAGAGCGUUCCCCUCCCGACACCGCAGCCAAUACUCGCGACCCAACUACCCGGCAAACUAUGGAAGCAAGGGAGGCAGCAAAAUACUACGCUCGAAGAAUGAAUACGUCCUGGAUGAGACGAAGCGUUCGCGGGAAUCCAACGAUGAAACACGCGACAUCCAGGUUGUCACCGACAUACAUGUACGAGUAGAGGGUUCCGAGGGUGUGCAGAUGAGCGGAUGGAAGACACAAGCACCCAAUCCCCACUGGGACGAUUCUUUAUCAACAAAGGACGCAGAAACAGCGAGCACUACCGAGAUGCUUGUCGAAGCAGCACCUCUAUCUACGCGAUAAUUCUGGAGGCUUUCUUUUUCUUUGUUUUCUCCUUCAAAAAGUGAUACCAUAUAUUAUUUUAACGAGACCUCACGGCUUAUCAUUAAUAGAGCAAUUGCAUUGCCC